AUGUUUCAUAAAUAGUACAUAGAGUAGGUUCAGAAUAAGAGUUUUUCGAUAUUGGAAGGGAAGGAAUAUCAUUUUUUAGGUGAUAAGUUGGUAUUGAGUGAGAACUCAGAUGAAGAGGAGAUAAAACAUUAGAAGAAAUAAUUUAAGGUUUUGUAGAAGACAAGAAAAAAAUUGAAUUGGAGAAAGAGUAUGGGAUUAAUUUUGGUUUAGAAAAGAUCAAGUGCAAUGUCUUAUGUAGAAUUUAAUUGGGUUAAAAUAUAAUUGCGUAUAAGAGGAAUAUUGAAAAAGAUGAUAAAAGGAUGUACUAUAGAAAAACCAUAUAUUUUAAGUCCAGAUGGGUCAUUGAAGAUGAUGUGGGAUUUAUUGUGUCUUGGAUUAGUGAUGUAUGAAAUGAUAAGCAUUCCAUUAUAAAUAAGUUUUGAGAUUGAUGUGAGUGUAGAAUUUUCAAGAGUGUCUACAGGAAUAUUUGCAUUUGAUAUUUUAUUGAAUUUUAAUACAGGAAUAUUUGAAGAUGGUUUAUUAAAGUUGAAUAGAAAUGUAAUAAUAAGGGAUUAUUUAUAAUUUUGGUUUUGGGUUGAUUUUACAACAACAUUUCCAUAUGAUAUAAUACUGGAUGAAUCUUCAAAUUAUAUAUAGAGUGCAAAAUUAUUAAGAUUAUUAAAAUUUUUAAGAUUUAUAAAGAUUUUAAAAUUAUUAAGAUUAGCAAAAUUAAAGAAGAUAAUUGACAAAUUUAAUGAAAUAUUGUAAUUGAAUUCAAUUUUGGCAGCAAUAUUAACAUUUUCAAAGUUAUUUUUAUUUGUGUUAUUUUUUGCACAUCUUUUAGGAUGUAUAUUUCAUUUUACAGCAUAAUAAGAAGAUAAGAAUAAUUCAUGGUUAGGUGAUUUAUAUGAUGCUAAUUGGUAUAUAAGAUAUAUAAAUGCAUUAUAUUGGGGAGUUACAACAAUGACAACAGUAGGAUAUGGUGAUAUAAGUCCAUUAAAUCCGGCUGAAAGAAUGUUGGGUAUUUUUUUAUUAUUAAUUGCAUGUGGUGGUUUUGCAUUUACAAUGAAUUCAAUUGGAUUUGCAUUAUAAAAAAUAAGUGAGAAAUAAAGUUAAACUAAAGAUAAAUUGAGUUAAGUAAAUAAAUAUAUGAAGAAAGCUAGAAUUCCUGAAACUCUAUAAAAUAAGAUAAGAAAAUAUUUAGAAUAUGUUUGGGAAAGAAAUGGAGGAGUUGUAUUAUAAUAAAUAACAGGAGCAUUAUCAGUUGAUUUAUCUAAAGAAUUAUAAGAAUAAGUUAAUGGGAAAUUGUUUGGUUAUUUAGAUAUAUUUUGGUCAAACCAUUAAUAUGAUUUUUUAGUGAUUUAAAUAAUGCCAAUAAUGAGAGAAAAAGUAUUUUGUCCAUAAGAAAUUAUAUUUGAUGAGAAUGAAUAAGAUAAUUAUGAUAUAUUUAUGAUUUAAUCUGGAGAAGUAGAUAUAUAUUUUUAGAAAACUAAUAUUACUGUUGAUAAAAAAGGUAAAAAUGAAUUCUUUGGAGAAAUCAGUUUUUAUUCAGGUUAGAAAAGAACAGCAAGUGCUAAAAGUGUAGAUUUUUCAAACAUAUUUAUUAUUAAUUCAAUUAACUUUUUGAAUUUAGCUAGAUCUAAUAGUAAUGAAGUUUAAACUUAUUUUAAAAUAAGACAUAAAAUAGUAUUUGAUAAAGAUUAUAGUGCCAUAAGUAUUAGAUGUUAUAUGUGUUAGAUGGAUGAUCAUAUAGCCAGAGAUUGUCCAUCAUUGCACUUCUAAGUGUAAAUUAUGUGAUUGAUAUUAGAUAGGCAUCCCAUUAUUUAGCCUUCUUAUAAUAAGUAAAACAUGUUUAAUAAUCUUCAUUUGUUAGAAAAGAUCGAAUGGAUUUUAACGCAAGAUUUCAUAAUAAUCUUGUAUCUAAUACUUAAAGUAAAUUUAUACAUACAGAAAAGAAGAUUCAUUAUUAUUAAGAACAUAAGUCUCAUUUAAUACUUAGUGUUGAAUAAUUAGAAGUCUAAAGUAUUUAAACUGAAGAAGAUGAUGAAAAUCCAAUCAAUUAAAUUAAUAAAUUAGAUAAUUUUGAUCGUAGAUUUAAAUCAUCAGUAAGAUUAAAACAUCGUAAAUUUGAUAAUACUGCUCAUUCAACUUAAUAUAAUGGUCGAAGAACUAGAAAACAUAAAAGAGUUACAACUAUCAUCCGACGUGAUCCUUAGGGUAAAUUAACUAUUUCAUGUGGCUCUGAUGAUGAUUAAAUUGAUAGAGUUGCUUUAGAAAGAAUAAAUCAAUAUUUAGAAGAUUUCCAUAAAAAAAUUUCUAUGUCACGUAAAAAAGAAUGGAAAGAAUUCUCAUCUAUACCUAAUUUUGAAAAAUAUCAUGAAUAUCAUAUCUAUUAUCCAGAAAGUAAUAUUUCUAAAAUUAUACCAUAAUAUUAAAAAUAGAAAGCAAAAAUUAUGACUGAUGUUUCACUAAAUUCUUAAAAUUUUGGAGAAGAAGAACUAAUUGCUUAUGCUUAAUAUUAUUCUUACGACUUAGAAACUUUUUAAAUCUCUAAUUUCUUUAGUAAAACAUAAAAUAGAAAUCAUAUAACUUACGAAGAAUAACGCAUCUCAAGAUUAGAUAGAAGAACAAAAAAAAUGCUCAAUUAUAUUCGUAAACCUACCAGAGUAUAUAUAUUCAUAAUAAUCUAGAUUAAAACAGCCAUUUUAGUACUUAAGGCUGUUAAGAGAUUUUCUAAAAGCUUAAAAAAUAUACCUGUUUUAUGA